UUGGUUCUAUUAGCUAUAGAAGUUUGCAGGAAGACAGUUGCUUCUUGUUCUCUUGUUUUUCUUCCAUUCAGAGAACUUCCUGUUUCCCCUCCUUAUUUGAAAAAAUCUCUUUAUUUCAUCAUAUUUUUCUAAUUGUUCCUUUUCAGCAAGAUCUGCUGGAGUAAUGGAAUUCCCCCAAAGAGAGUGAAACUAAGUUGGGCUUAAUCACAUGAUCAGAGAUUGCGAAAAAUGGGAGAGAGGAACUUGCCAACAGCCAGAGUAGAACAACAAGGAGUUAUUUGAGACAGAGAGAAAAUAAGUGGCUGCUCUUCAGAAUUCCUCCAGCAAGAAACUGUUUUGAUCCUUUUCAAGGAAUAAGAUCUGAGAAAUAGGAGAGAGGCCUUUGUCUUUGGCUGGGAUUAAAAACGAGAGUCAUUUAUUUGGUAGACUUUCUGCCAUCAUGAAGACCUGGCUGAUCCUUCUGUGUUUGGCCAUUAUGACCAUAUCAAGUCUUCAACAGGUUGCAUCCAGAAGAGAAACAGUUGCUGAGAGGACUGAAGAACUUAAAGUAGUCAAAUGCCAGAAUGAAACCAGAUUGCAGAAGAUCUGGUCAUGGUUGUGGAGAAGGAAGAAGACACCUUGCAUCAAAGAAGAUAACGAUAUAACACCCACUCCCUUUCAAGAUGUUGAGAGAAGGGAAGAGCCAGCUCUGAAUGCAGAUACUGGUACCAACUAUGAGAAUAACUUGGAUUAUCAGGAGACUUUAGUUAAGACUACACAAGGACCCCCACACAAGGAAAAUGGAGAAGAAAAAGAAUCUGCUAAAGUUCCAACAGAAAGACCAACCACAGAAAAUACUAGCCCCAUUCCCACAGUGUCUGAUACCAGCUGUCCACCCAAUUCAUGCUCACAGCGCUGGAAACCAUGGCCUACAUGUGCUCAAUCCACUCCAGAAGAUGAACAGAAGCUGGCUGAGGCUCUAUCCAGAUUUUCGCUUGAGUUCUAUAAAAUAGCAGUCCAGAAAAAUGAUGGUAACAUGGUUUUCUCACCCCUAAGCAUCAUAACAACACUUUCCAAUCUUCUAUUAGGAGCCUGUGAUGAAACCAAAGUUCGUCUUGAGAAUUUGCUGUUCUAUCCUAAAGAAUUUGCCUGUGUGCAUAGAGCCUUGAAAGCACUUGGCAAGUCUGAAGCCCUGACUUCAGCCAAUGCGAUUUUUUACCAACCAGCAUUUAAGAUGGCCAGUGGAUUUAAUAAUCUAACGAGUACAUUCUAUCAAACCAAGCUGAAGCUCCUUAGUAACAACACACAGCAGGCAGUGACUGAUAUCAACUCAUGGGUGAGUGAACGUACUGGUAACAAGAUCAAGAAACUCUUGGAUGACCUGGAUUCUGAUACCCAAAUGGUGCUCCUCAACGCUGUGUACUUCCACUCCAAAUGGAAAACUAUAUUUAAAAAAAAGAAUACAAUCACUGAAGAUUUCUACCGCCCUGAUCUCCCUUCCAUCAAGGUACCCAUGAUGACCAGUAAGAAAUAUCCAGUGACUUCCUACUUUGACUACAAUUUGCAGGCUAAGGUUGGCCAGUUUCAGCUGCAUGACGAUUUGAGUUUGGUGAUCCUCGUCCCUCGCUCCCAGUUCAUAAACCUCUCUGAGAUAGAAGAACGUCUCACUGUAACAACCGUCAUGGCUGCUCUGGAUAGGCUGGAGGCCUUGCAUGUGAAGCCAACAAUAGUAAUGCUACCAAAAUUUAAGCUGGAAUCAUCCCAGGAUCUUGCUGAAAUCAUUGGAGAAAUGGAUUUUGGCCUUUUUUAUGAUGCUGAUUUGUGUGGGAUGACUCAGGGCGAACCAAUAGCUGUGUCCAGUGCCAAGCACAAGUCUGUCCUACAAGUCUCAGAGGAGGGAGUAGAGGGAGCUGCUGCAACAGCCGUCAACCUAGCACGUACAGCCACAGUCUUUGAAGUGCAACAGCCGUUCAUCUUUUUGUUUGUGAGGGAUCAUAGAGUCCCAGUCUUUAUGGGACGUGUCACUAACCCACUGGCAUCCUAACUUUUCCAUGCCCUCCCAAUUUCCAUUAAUGGGACGAAGCCAGCUUGCAUAUUACCCUAGCUAGCUCAACCUGAAAAAUAUAAUCAGGAGGUUUGUGGAACUCUGAUUCCAUGGAGCACAUUUAUUUAGCAUCUUCAAUUAAAAGGUUAUUUUAUUUGUUCGUGUUAUCUUUUUUUUAAAGAUCUGUUCUCUGCUUCUCUGUGUGUUUUGUAUAUCCCUUUUGCAUCUAUGAGCCCAAGAGAAAUCCAUCUCAUUUAUGCCAGACAUGAAGUAUAUGAGUGGGGCUCCACCAUGUCUGUAUGUUUGACCUCUUCUAUCCCUUUUGGUCUUCUAAGAAAUAAAGUAUAAUUGUAUUGUC